GCUGCCGCGUUCACUACGCCCGCGGACCAUGUCGUGAGGUGUGGCUCGGGAACGCUCCGGGGAACCUGUCAGCCGAAACGACACGCCGAGGAGGAGGACGAGGUGGUGGUGGGGUGGUGGUCGAAAAGAUGUCCGCCUCGGUGGGGCCCCAGGGCGGCCUUCGCCCACCCACCGUGCCGCCGUCCAUGCCGGAUGUGCCGGACCUCAGCCACCUCACCGAGGAGGAGAGGAAGAUAAUCAUGGCAGUGAUGGCUCGGCAAAAGGAGGAAGAGGAGAAAGAACAAGCCAUGCUAAAAACACUGCACAAGCAGUUUGAGAGCUACAAACAGGAAGUGCGUCGCAUCGGGGCCGAGACGCGGCGCCAGCAGACCCAGCAGAAGGACGACGCGCCCACCUGCGGCAUCUGCCGCAAGACUAAGUUUGCAGAUGGCUGCGGCCACCUCUGCUCCUACUGCCAGAUCAAAUUCUGCGCUCGCUGUGGAGGGCGGGUCUCUCUGCGCUCCAACAAUGAGGACAAAGUGGUAAUGUGGGUAUGCAACCAGUGCCGUAAGCAACAGGAGAUUCUCACCAAAUCAGGCGAAUGGUUUUCGGGGUCAGGGGUGCGGCCCGGGAGCCUGGGCACCUCUUUAAAUGAUCCAGCCACGGGAGGUGAGGCGCAGCGGGACAGGAAGCUACUUCGCUCCAGGUCCCAAGCCCCGCCUUCCGGCACCAACGCCAACACAGGGCCGCCAGACGGGACACAUCCGCCCGCUGGUGUCACCGCUCCCAAGGGUGCUGACACCAUGCUUGGCUCUCGCUCUCAAAGUGAACCCCCUAGAGAAAAGAAAAGGCCAGUUUCCUUCCAUGAGCAAAACGGUAAGGGAGGCAUGGGACGUGGUUCUGGCCGGAGACCUGUAGACAAGUUGCAUUCAUCUCUGGACGAGCGGGUGGGUCCUGGAGACAGAGGAGAGCGAAGGUUGGGAGACGGACGGCGGCUGGAAAAGAUCCACUCUCAGGACUACGAGGAUGGGGAUGAGAACCUGGGUCGUUCAGAAACACACCGGAGGCGCCCGGAGGACGAGGAGAAGAGAGAACGGCAGCGGCGUGAGGAGGAGUUCCAGAACCGCUAUCGUAGUGACCCCAAUCUGGCCAGAUACCCAGUCAAACCACAGAAGGAGGAGCAGGAGAUGCGCAUGCAUGCUAAGGUGUCGAAGGUACGGCACGAGCGACGACACAGUGAUCUUGCAAUAAAUGAGGUCGGACUGGGGCCUGGUGAAGGAGGAGGCGGUGGAGGUGGGGGUGGAGGCAGCGCAGGAGAGGUACCAGAAAACCGUCUUGCCAGGAGGAUUGGAGGUGGGGAAGGAGACCGCAAGGCCCCCUUGGAGAAUCACAGAGCCUACUCUGUGGAUAGGACUGUGGGGGUUGGAGGUGGGACGCCAUCUGCCGGUGGUGGGGGGCGAUCAGGGCACCAACCUGGGGGACCUGUGCCUCCAGACUGGGGUCCAAACAACAGCCGCCUGGACCACGGACCCCAAGACGCAACACGGACACCAAGGGAGAAAGGUGUGGAUAACCUGCUUAGGAAGGACUCUCAGGGCUCGGACCAGUCGGAGUCUUUGCGGCCGCCCCCUCCACGGACAUACAAGAGCAAGCGAGGAGUCAACAAGAGACAGAUGUCCAUCAGCAGCUCAGAGGAGGAGGGCGGCUCCACGCCCGAGUACACCAGCUGUGAGGACGUGGACAUGGAAAGCGUCAGCGAGAAAGGUGACUGGGACUGUCAUCCUCUAGAUCCCACAGUAUGGCAUCAUCCAGUUUCGUGGCAGCCGUCCAAAGAAGGCGAUCACCUGAUUGGGCGCAUCACUCUGAGCAAGAGGUCGGCCAUGCCCCGUGAGGCUGGCUCCCUCUUGGGACUGAAAGUGGUAGGAGGGAAAAUGACGGAGACGGGGAGACUUGGGGCCUUCAUCACCAAAGUUAAAAAAGGGAGCCUGGCAGAUGUUGUGGGACACCUACGUGCAGGUGACCAAGUGCUGCAGUGGAACGGGAAGUCACUUCCAGGAGCGACGAAGAAAGAAGUGUACAACAUCAUUCUCGAGUCCAAGGCCGAGCCUCAAGUGGAGAUUGUUGUUUCGAGACCUAUAGGCUCUGUCAACCGAAUUAUGUCCAAACACUUCUUGAGAAAGGUGUCUAGAGUCCAUCAAGACAUCCCAAGAAUCCCAGAGUCCUCCCACCCUCCUCUAGAAUCUACAGGCUCCAGCUCCUUUGAGUCCCAGAAGAUGGACCGUCCCUCUAUAUCCGUGAUGUCCCCUACAAGUCCCAGCACUCUCCGAGACCUUCCUCUGGUUCUGCCUGGACAGCUCUCUGUGAAGCUGUGGUACGACAAAGUGGGCCAUCAGCUGAUCGUCAACGUCCUUCAAGCCAUAGAUCUGCCAUCCCGACCAGACGGACGACCUCGAAACCCCUACGUCAAGAUGUACUUCCUGCCUGAUAGGAGUGAUAAGAGUAAACGACGGACUAAAACGGUGAAAAAGAGCGCUGAGCCCAAGUGGAACCAGACCUUUAUUUAUUCCCACGUUCACCGGCGAGACUUCAGAGAACGCAUGCUGGAGAUCACAGUGUGGGACCAGCCCCGAGUCCAGGAGGAGGAGAGCGAAUUCCUGGGCGAGAUCCUCAUAGAGCUGGAGACGGCCUUGCUGGAUGACAUUCCUCACUGGUAUAAACUCCAGACACAUGACGUAUCCUCUAUACCUCUGCCCCAGCCCUCCCCAUACCUCCCGCGGAGGCAUGUCCACGGAGACAGCCCCAGCAAGAAACUGCAGAGGUCUCAUCGCAUCAUUGAUACAGAGUUUGAUGAUGGUUUGAUAGUAGUGACUGAAGGUGCAGAGCGUAACUCCAGGGAGAGGGAGCGGGGCAGCACGCUGGCCGUGCCCGAGCAGCAGCGGCCCGUCCAGCACCGCUCGCGCUCAGUGUCUCCUCACCGAGAGGACUCGUGCAGGGCUCGCUCUCGGCCUGCGCACGUGCCCAUGCAAAGGAGCUUGGAUGAGAUCCACCAGAACCGCCACCAUUCCCGCUCCCCCUCCCGUUACCACGAGCCCCACUUGGAGCACCAACGCUCAGGUGACUCGGACUACGAGUACUCUGAGGACAGUGAGGUCCUGGAGAUGCACAGGUCUAUCCGGGGCGGGAGUGCCGAGUGCCUGCACACAAACAGGGGCAUAGGUAGAUACAGCAACACCCUCCCCCCCAAAAUGCCCCUGUUAGUAAAUGGUAUCCAUAAAGACAUUUACAGCUCCACCCUCCCCGCAUGCCUAAAGAGCAAGUCGCCCCACAGGCAGGAGGGGUGCAGCGCCUUGCCUCGUAGCAUCCUCACACACCGUGUGCUCAGGUUCACUGAUGAGGUCACGGUUAGUGACCUGCAGCCGUCGUUGGACAGAGUGAGGAGCGCCAGCACCACAUGUCUGAGACCAGACUUUCACACCACUGACAGAGACAGGUGCUCCAACUCUUUGCCCCGAAAGACUCCCCCGAGUCCCAGGAUCUUAGUAGAACACGUGGCCCCUGAGGAAGACAGGCAGUGUAACAAUGCUCCGAGUCCAAACUGUCCACAGGGCAGCAGAAAAAGCCUGGAGGGGGACGGAGCACACCCUCACGGCGCCCCGUCUCCCCCGGCGGGGACUCCCUCAUCAGGUCGCAGGGGCAGGCAGCUUCCACAGCUCCCCGCAAAGAGCAGCAGCAUAGAGCAAGCCCUCGCGGUGGAGGAGCGAGCCCGGCAGCUGCAGAUGAAAGUACAUUCCUACCGGCCUUCAGCCUCCCACGGCCCCGAGACGGACCUCAAGACCAAACGGGAGAUGUAUGCAGAACAGAGACGUAGCAGCGACAACAUGUCGGCCAGAUCUUCAGACAGCGAUAUGAGCGAUGUGUCGGCGAUCUCCCAUGCCAGCAGUGCCUCCCGCCUCAGUAGCACCAGCUACAUGUCUAUCCAAUCAGAACGACCUGGGGGACGACUCAGAUCCAAGUCGUUAGAGGAGGACAAGAAGGACAGGAGGAUCUCGUGGGGGGUGGAUGGAGAGGAGGAGAGUGAAGCUGGAAAGAGGCACUUCUCUGAGGAGCUGAAGCACAGGAGACACACUGUGGCAGGAGACACGAGAGAGUCCAGUCGGCAGAUGCGAUCGUCCAUGGGCCGCAGCAUGCUGAAGAGCUCCAGCGUGAGCGGAGAGAUCUACACCCAGGAGCGCACAGACGGCAGCCAGUCGGACACGGCGCUGGGCACGGUGGGCGGCGGCAGCAAGAAGAGACGCUCCAGCCUCAGCGCGCGGGUGGUAGCCAUCGUUGGCAACCGUCGCAGCCGCAGCACUUCGCAGAUCAGCGGCCCCGAGGGAAAGAGUAAGAAGGAGAAGGGAGCCCCAAUCCAGAGGAGCACCGAGACCGGCAUGGCCGUGGAGCUGACGAGGAACAUGAGCCGGCAACCCAGCAGAGAGUCCAACAACGGCAGCAUGAACAGCUGCAACUCUGAGGGGAACUUGAUCUUCUCCGGAGUGAAUUUGGGUGCCGGCAGUCAGUUCAGUGACUUCCUGGAUGGACUGGGACCAGCUCAGUUAGUGGGAAGACAAACACUGGCUACUCCUGCCAUCGGUGACAUCCAGAUUGGUAUGAUGGAGAAAAAGGGUCAGCUGGAGGUGGAGGUCAUUAGAGCACGAGGACUCGUACAGAAGCCGGGAUCCAAAUCGCUCCCUGCUCCAUAUGUCAAAGUCUAUCUGCUGAAUAAUGGAGCGUACGUAGCCAAAAAGAAAACCAAGAUUGCACGGAAAACACUCGACCCACUGUACCAGCAAGCACUGCUAUUUGAGGAGAGCCCGCAGGGGAAAGUGUUACAGGUGAUUGUGUGGGGAGACUAUGGCCGCAUGGACCAUAAAAGCUUCAUGGGAGUUGCACAGAUCUUAUUGGAGGAGCUGGACUUAUCAAGCACAGUCAUUGGUUGGUACAAGCUGUUCCCACCGUCCUCCCUGGUGGAUCCGACGCUUGCCUCCCUGACGCGGCGAGCUUCUCAGUCGUCCCUCGACAGCUCGUCCGGACCGCCCGGGGUCCGAUCUUAGUGGACCAACAGCUCUGCGCCGCUCACCGAGAAAAACAAAAACUCAAACUCGGAGAGAAACGAAACACAAACGGCAGAAAUGUAGAACAACAACAAUCAGAAACACGAGAAAGCUUUGUUGAAAUCUGACAAUCACUCCUGCCGCGGUUAAUUUUGUCUGUCGUAGGGAGCGUCGCAUUUCAGUGUUUCAUGUCCAUUCGAGGAAAGUCUCAUCGUUUUUCUCAGUGUUUGCUGACGGGCAGCAGCUCUCUGGACAGAGAGUCCAAACGAAGCAGGGUGGCUCUUAACCGAAUCAACAAUAGCAAAGAAAUGUAUGUAAAGCAUCGGAAUGUAUGGACUCGAGACGAGAGGUAAUCACCCUCCACUCCUGCAGGCGGCGCUGCCCUCCCUGCAGUGGCCUCCUCCAGAACCCCAACAGACUGCCAGCACCCCCGUCCCCGCGGUGCGUGGGCGGGGAUGGGGCGCUCAGUCUGGAAGCACAGGGCCUUCUUCUGGUGCCUAGACCUCGGAGCCGCAUCACUGGUCCCCCUCCCCGUGGAAAGAUCCUCUUUUCAGUCCGUUUACCGUGGCCGCUCUGAAGCCGCGCCGUUUUCGCGUGUUUGCUUUGUUGUUCAUUUCUUUCCCUUCGUUCCUACUGGCACAAGAUGUUUUUAAAAAUGCUCAUGAUAAUGUUGUCAGUCUGGUGUGCAUGGAGAGUAAAAACUAAGUACAAGAGAUUUUAAAAAAAGAAGCUA